UCUGCCUGCCUAUAUAUCUGCUGUAGUUGCAUCUCCGAUCAAACAAGCACUUCAUCACUAUCAAAAGAAACCUGCUACAGUUUACAAAGUAUAUUCUCUUUUUUCUUGCCACCACUCAGAGCUCCAUCUGUAAAUCAUGGCGUCCCAGGCCAUUGAGAGCCACCGUGCAGGUGCAGAGGUCAUCACCGGAGACGCCGCAUGCAGGAAGAAGUCCAUUGAGCUGCUGGAGGAGCUGGGCCUUCCCAAGGGCCUGCUUCCUAUGGAGGACAUCCAGGAGUUCGGAUACAACCGUGACACGGGGUUCAUGUGGCUGGUGCAGGGGAAGAAGAAGGUCGAGCACACCUUCAAGAAGAUCAAGCAGACGGUGUCGUACGCCGCCGAGGUGACGGCUUUCGCUGGGAAGGGCAAGCUGAGGAAGAUCACUGGCGUCAAGACCAAGGAGCUGAUGCUCUGGCUUAGUGUCGUCGAGGUGUACAUCCCGGAGUCCUCGCCAGAGAAGGUCACCUUCAAGACUGGCACCGGCCUCUCCGACAGCUUUGACGCCGCUGCCUUUGCCCUUGGAGAAUGAGGAAUCACCAGAUGAGAGACAAAUGAUGAUAUGCAAGAAAAAAACAACAGUCUACUUAGGGGUCUUUGUUUAGGGAUUAUAAUCUGCUCAGAUUAUAUAAUCCAACAAAUGUUAAGUCUAAGAAGCAUGCUCUAUGAGCUUAUAUGAUCUUCUCGAUACAGAAAUCUGUUUAAUUUCUUGUCAUCUCUGUACUUUUUUUCUUUCUUCUUUUUCUGGAAUGAUGUGCUUUUUAAAUUAUAAACCAAAGUGUUGUUUUGGCUC